UGUGCCUAUUCAAGCUACGUGCAUUGCGCUGGCUGCUGCAGGGUUGACCGUGACGAUCAUCAGAAGAACCGGGUGAUUGGGAACCAUUAUCUUCCCAUGGUUGAUCGGUAUUCCCGCCCAUGAUCCGACAUGUGAUGUAUUAGGAUUGGAGGGCUAGGGCUCCAUCUGCACAGGAAAUUUUUCUAUUGGCUGCUCGGCUAGGAGAGAAAAUUGUGUCAUAGGCAAGUGACGAAAGUGGCUAUCGUUGUGUGUUGAGAAUUCGUAUAACUGCUGCACGUUGCGCAAGGGCGCGGGAUGGAGUUGAUCUGUCAUAGUAGCGGUCUUGGUAAGUGACGGUGGGUAGCAUUUUAAGACAAAUUGAGCGCGAUGUACUCUUCACUGCCACCUACAUAGUCACCAAUCAUCAAUACAGACACUUGAAUCCCCAAACAACUGUUCAACGGCGAUGCUACAGAACCUAUUUAUUCGGAAAGUAUAACUCGAGCAGUCCUCCAUCAUAUAACCCCUUCACAUGGAACAUCAAGAACAAGUAGCAGUUGUGGACUUUGCGUCCUUGCACCUCGGUGCACUGAAGAACGUCGUGACGGGUGGCGCUAUAGUCUUGGGAGAUCCGGGCUACGAGGAGGCCAUACGGCGGUGGAGUGGACUCGCUGUUAAACAGGCAGGUAUAGUGGUGUUCCCCAAAACAGCCAGAGAGGUCAGCGGGGCCAUCACCUACGCCAAUGAGCACACGAUCCCGUUCACGGUCUGCUGCGGUGGGCAUGCCACGAGCGGCUCGUCAUCCAUCGGGCCGGACGGCAUGCUCAUCCACCUCCGCCUGAUGCAGGCUAUAUCAGUGGACACAGACGCACUGACAGUAACUUUCGGUGGCGGCUGCCUGUGGCGGCAGGUCGACGCAGCGACCGCGGAGCACGGACUGGCCACCCCGGGCGGUACCGUAUCACACACCGGGGUCGGGGGUUUGAUCCUGGGCGGCGGGUUCGGGUGGCUGAGCGGGCGGUAUGGCCUCUGCAUCGACAACCUGCUCGAGGUGGAGGUCGUCCUGGGCGACGGGAGGAUCGUGACGGCCAACGCCGCGUCCGAGGCAGAUCUGUUCUGGGCCAUGCGCGGGGCGGGCCACAGCUUCGGCAUCGCGACCAGAUUCACCUCGCGUCUGUACCCUCAGGGCGACGUCUGGGGCGGGCUGCUCGAGUUCCCGCACGAGCGGCUGCCGGAGAUCAUCGUGGCCGCAAACGAGAUGAUCAACAUGGGGGAUAAGGACCAAUGUCUCAUGGUCACAUCUGCGUACGCGACCUCGAAAGACUCAAAGAGCACAGAGAGGGCCAAGGUCACGACAGUUUGCUGCUUCUACAACGGCACGGCAGAAAAGGCCGAGGGUGAAGUAUUCAAGCCGCUGCUGAGACUGCGGCCGCACAGCAACACGACGAAGCAGCUGCCGUACGCAGAGAUGAAUCAGGUCCUGGACGACUUUUUGACCCACGGGUCGAUGAUGCGGCAGGGCGGGACAAACGUCCUCCCGCCUCUGACCGAAGAGGUGCUGGCCGGCGCCGCGAACAAGCUCUAUGAUUGGGUGGACGAGAUGUUGCAAAAGUCAGACGGCGUGGUCGAUGCACGCGAUAGCAUAAUCGGAUGGGAGCUUAUUCCAUUUGAAAAGACGGCGUCUGUGCUGGGCAGUGCGACGGCGACGGGAAACCGGGGCCGGUACUAUAACGUGGGGAUGGUGGUUUGCAGCAGCGACGACGCGUCGCAAGACGAAGAGAUGCGGGCGUUCAAGCGAGAACUGUCAACCAGCAUCGCCACGGCGGGGUUCAAGGCUGACAUGGUGGGACACGGCGGGGUGGGUCACUACGUGAACUAUGCCGAGGAGCAGCUCAGCGCCGAGGCCGGGUUUGGGGGAAACGCCAAGCGCCUAAGGGAAUUGAAGACAAGAUAUGAUCCGGAAAAUAGAUUUCGAAAACUGUGGAGGCUCGACACGAAUGUGAAAUAGAGAGAUGUUCUUUUUACGUUGCAUCUCAAUUCUGUAUUUAUCGCAGCAAUGACAGCAGAGUCUCGAGGAUAUUGUGACACAUUUCUGGCCAUUAAAAGUUCAACAUAAACUGGUUAUCACUCGUACAGCAGUAGACUUGCAGUGGACGCAGGCUGCUUACUAUUCCAACAAGGGGUUGAUCACGCUUGGCCGGGCUGCCAUACGUAGCAUGCGGCUUGCUUUCUGAAUAGGCCCUUGUCAGAUCAGACCCCACAUGAACGAGUGCCCCGCUACUGCGCAAGGUUAGCUACCGCGACCCCGACCCCGACCACAAGAUGUUUACGACCCUCAAUUGUUGGUUCUGCCUUGGUUGCCUCAGGCUUGGAAUUUUGCGGGGUUCAGUUGCUUGGUAAG